CCUUUGACCCCGUGUGGCCAAACACGAAACUAACAAACAUGGAGGUGGAUUUCGGCGACAGUGAGCUGUUCGAGCAGUUUGAAUCAGACACACCUCUCGCAAAACACAUCAGGUUUACUAAUGAUGAUGAUGAGGAGGAGGAGGAAGAAGCAGCUCCGGAUCUCCGAGAGAGGAUCGAGGAGCAUGAAGAGACCAUAACCCGACUGAAGACGGAGAAUGAGGAACUGAAGAGGAAGUUGAAAUUUUUAAGCCGUCCUGCAGGUAUCAGCGUUGUCAAUUCAAAAGUCGACGGUCCGCUCUGCCAGAUUCUCUUUGGAAACAACAGCAUCUCAAAACAGUGCCGGCAAGACAUCGAGGACUACGUUGUCGGUCUGAUUCAGCAACACCAGUUUCAGCAGAAUAAUGGCCAACAAGCGUCUGCUUUGCACCCUCAGCCUCAGAACUCAAGUUUUGUCAUGGAGGAAAACCAGGAAACAAACGCUGAAGCUUCAGUGGGAAAACACAUUCGAGAUGCUUUCUGUGUGGUGGGGAGUGUGUUGUACUUCACCUCCUUCUGUCUGGAUAAACUCGGUCAGCCACUUCUCAAUGAAAAUCCCCAGCUGACAGAAGGAUGGGAUGUGCCCAAGUAUCAGCAAGUGUUUGGCCAGGUCAUUGCUCUGGAGGGGCAGGAAGUGCAGAUCAAAGAGAAGAGGCCUAAAUCAUGCUGCUUUAACUGCGGUGCUGAAGAUCACCAGCUACGAGAUUGUCCAAAGCCCAAAGACAUGGCACGAAUCAAUGAGAAGCGAAAAGAGUUUGCACAAGUCAACCAGGGCAACAUUUCCAGUAACCAGCGGUAUCAUGCGGAGGAGGUGGAGGAGCGCUUUGCCAAGUACAAGCCAGGAGUAGUGAGUAAGGAGCUCCUGGAUGCCCUCGGCAUUGUGGCUAACACGCUCCCACCGUUUAUUUAUCGCAUGAGAGAGCUGGGCUACCCGCCUGGCUGGUUAAAGGAAGCGGAGAUGGAAAACUCGGGCCUGACGCUGUACGACGGUAAAACAUCAGGAGAGGAAGACUCAAACGGCCCUAACCAAAAUGUAUGCUAUGAUGUCUCAAAGCUAGUGGAUUUCCCUGGUUUUAAUGUGUCUGCGCCCCCCAAUGUUAGAGAUGAUUACCGGUCAUUUCGUUCCAUCCCAAUGCAGUCUCAACACUGGAAGCCAACUUUUGCUGCUCAGUUGUCAAAUAUGUAUCCAGCGCCCGAUUCCAAAUGUACGAAAAGGUGCCAUGAUCCUGAAUCGACACCACAGCAGACCAAGAAGCGGCGGUCGAAUUCAGACUUCUGCGGAAGCUCAGAUAUGGACACAGACUCGGAUCAUGACACUCCUAGAAGGGACAGAUAUGAUGAUUUCCAGUUUCAGCCUCCACUUCCUCCUGGCUCUCCCCUCAUUAGCACACCUCCACCCUUACCCCUGGGAACACCUCCAGUCACCCCCACACCACCACCUCUCCCUAAAGGCACGCCCCCACCAACACCGCCUACAAACGCAGGGUCUCCAGUUCUCUCGGGUAGAAAUGGAGCUGGGUGUGAGGAGUCAGAGGACGGGCUGACGUUAGAGGAGCUGGAGGAGCAGCAGCGGCUGCUGUGGGCGGCGCUCGAGAGCGCCGAUAAUGGCAACAGUGACUCGGACACCGGGGCCACGGCCACACCUGCCAUGGGCUCACCUCGGGAGUCUCCAUUAGCUGAGCCUGAUGCCAGGUCAGAGGAGGGAGUGGAAGAAUCCGGAUCGAAGGCUGAGGAAAUCUCUGACCAAGAUCGUGAACUUUCAAGCACACCUGCUUCACCUGUCGAAGUACCGAUAAGCAGUGCAGAGGAAGACAAAAGCAGCAAUGGUCAGGUGAAUGACUCUUUUAACGAAGACACAGGCGCAGAGUCUUAUGAUGAGCUGAUUGUUCUGGAUGAGAUUACUCAGAGUAACGAUUCUGACCCUGAAAAGAACAGAAUAAGUGAAGUUCCUGAAGAUAAGACGUCCACAUUAGAUGCACAAGCAGCUGAAGAGAAUGAAGAACCUGUUGUAAAGAAAGUAACAGGCGUUCCACACCGAAGCAAAUUUGCAGAAGGUAUAAUUCCAUUCGAAGACACGCCGGAGUUCACGGAGGUCGCCGAGGCAACAGGGGUUUACCUUAGGAUUCGAGGCUUGCUCAAAGAAUCCCCUCGAAAUCAGGCAAAAAACAAGAAGUUAAAUUCUUGACUUGAAGAUUCUUUAAAUGUUUGAACAGGGGAAUAGUGUCUGUGAACUGAACUCCUCGGUUUUGUUCUGGGAUGAUCCCAUGGGGUAAUUUUGAACUGCAUCUGUCCAGUUGUUGAUGUCAGAAUCUGUCCAGUUUUUGUUUUGCAAUUUUUAUACAAAAAAAAACCCAACCCAACCCCCCCCCCCCCCCCCUUACUGAAGUUGACCUUAAAAAACAAAGGUCAGUUAUUUUGCUCGCGCUUUUAUUAAUUUCACCAAUGACUGCUUUUGUAAUCCAUGGAUACGAUUAGUAUUUUAUGUAUGUACAGUUUUAUAAACAACGUCUCCCUUUUUGUCCUCUUAGACCCAUGUUUCUAACAUGCUGGUGGUACUUGACUCACAGUGGUAUCUUUAUAUCCAGUUUCUUUCCUGCCAGGUGAAAGAGUUUCUUUAAAUUGGCCAUCAUUACUGGUAUACAUAUUUUCAAUUUAUUAUUUUUAACACUAAAUUAUUUUAGGCUACAUUUUUACUGGGUCUAUCCUGAACUGGUUUUAUUCAAAAAUGUUUGAUGGCCACAAUCCAGCUGUUUAAGGGAUCAUGAAAAUAAAAGGUUCUGUUUUCACUUUUGCAGUUAGCUACUUGAGCAGCUGUCUUUCCUUCCUGAAAUUAACGGUCUCUACACAGAAGGGCUCGCUUUGAGGUUAACAAUUUAUUAAGAUGUGAGACUGCAGUAAGCCGGCCUGUUGGUACAGUGGGUAGAGUUUCUGAAUCACAGUUCCAGGGUCCAUGCUUUCAUAUAACACCUCCUACAUUUUGUGUUGGUUUUGUCAGUGAUCUCCAGUUUCUUCCCAAACGUGUUCUGGUACAUGAAUGGGCUAGGCCGCUCCCAGUUUUACUCAAAAUGAAUGAAUGAAAAGUACAGUAGUUUGAAUGGAAAUCUUUUCUUUCACCUAGGCAGAGAACUGUAUGGAAAUAUUCAUAGGUUUUUUGCAUACAACAAUACCUGCUUGUAGCUUAAAUCCAUAAAUCAGUACAUUCCUGCAUAUUACAAAGAAAAGUCUGUUAGCUUUUCUGUACUCUUAGCUUACUGAUGCUUUAUAUUUUUAGGCUUGGCCUAGAGAUGGGUUACUGCUUCUGCUUGCUGAUGAAGCCUAUUAUUAAUAGAAUCUGAUGCAGUGUUAAUUCUGUUCCCUCUGUUAACAUCUACUACAUGGUGAGCUUAAAAGCCUCAGUCUCUUGUAUCUGCAGCAUCAAAAUUUGUUACGAAGGGAAAUUUUAAAAUUAAAGCUGUUCAUAGGUUAGGGAUUUACUGUUGGAUGAAUUCAUUAACUUUUGGAGCCAGGUUUAAAUAGAAAGAAUAUAGACUGCGUAAGUUGUUUACGUAUUUAAAUAAAUAGAGUCCACUUCUGAAGCUGCUCUACACAGCAGGGGUUAAAUCUUUCAAUCUGAAUAAAGGAUGUGAAGUCUGAAAUGUUUGUACAGUUUUACCCGGUGUGACUUGAAUGUUUAAGGUUACUCAUGAUGGCUGGAUGGAUGAAUAAAGGUAAGACCUUGGACUGACUAUUGACAAAACAUGCACAGCCCGCUUGAGUUGUACCAUCAUUAAGGAUCGCUGACAUGCUAUAAGGUGACCGUGUCCAUGAAAAAGUCCCUGAAAAGACAUUAGUGUAAACCCAGGCUUAAAAAGGAACCUCUUUGGGGUGACGUGGGAAAGUGGUUUUAUAAAUGAGAACUGAACACUGGCAGAAGAGAGAACUAACAUUUGUAUUUAUUCACAUUUUUAGCAUUUGUCAGAAGGCAUUAUCCAGAUCAGGGUAGUAUGUUUUGUUUGCAGACAGGCUGUUUGAAUAUUUUGGGGAAAUUCAUUCUACCACCUACACACCAGAACAGAGAAAAGCCUGGAUGUGUGUCUUCCUUGUACCCUGAGCAGUGGUGUGUGCGUGUGUGAAACAAGCUUAAAGGAGUGGGUGGGCGUUGGCCCAGUUUUGGUUUUGUAGGCGAGCAGCAAUAUUUUAAAUCUGGUGGGGGGCAGUUGUUGUUGAUGCACAGGCUAAAAGGGUAAAUAAAUCUGAACAUCGUUUACCCUUUCACACACCUUUUUUUUUCUCUCUCCAAUUUGGUCACCUGCCAAUUCCCACCUACCAGCUAGAGCUCCUCUGUCACACAACAGCGUCUUCCGAGAAGCGUGAAGCUGGCCAAAGGCAUCUUGUGUCACGUUGUAAUGCACUCGGAGAAAACCGUUCUCUCGACUAUCCUGUAUACAUUAAUUCAAAGAUGUUUACUAAUAACACUUUGAUUGACAGCCAUCCCUUCCAUGCCCAGUUUUUUUCCAUUUUGAGGGCUGAAUCAAGGACUAACAGCAUCAUUAUUGUUGUUUUUGAGUCUGUGCCUCCUUCAGAAGAAUGACUGACCCUAAUACACUAGACAACAUGAAACACAUCUUUAUGAAGACGCAGCACAGCCGCUCCGUUGUCAUGCUGCCUCAGUGCUUUGUAAAUCAUUGCUACCGUUAACAAAAGUUGGUUGACUAAUAUCGAACCUAUGCUUCCUAACAUGACGGAGUUUUUUUUUUUCCUUUAUUUUGGUGCUUUUGCGCAAACAAACAGCAUGAAACAAAGAACUACUGCUACAAAAAAAAACCCUACAAGUUUUUUUCUUUGAACAGUCGAGGGACAGAUAC